AUGAAGGAGAAAUUGGUAGCGCCAAUCAUGGGAGAAGAGCUUUUGGCAGAGUCGGCCUUCGUGAAGAAGAAGGGCCUGGUGGGUGCCUGGAAGGCGGAGAAAGUGGUGCAAGAUGGCCUUGCCUGCCGAGCAUGUGACGGUUUUGGCGCGCCCCUGGUGGGGGUGGCGGAGACAAUUGCGGUUCUCCCCCUGGACAAGGUGGAGCCGUUGAUGGUGAGGGGCGGAAGGGUGAUUGGAGCGGGCGGCCUACCCGAGGUACGGCUGCGCUGCUCGGAGCUCUGCAUGGAGGAUCAGGUCCCCCCUCUCAGGCAGCUGAGGUUGCUUUUUGGCGCGCAGCAAGGGGUGAUGCAGCAGCAGGAGAAGUGGUCAGACGAGUGGGGAAGUGCGAUUGACUGGAAAAGGGUCAUCAGGACUGAAAUUCCUGGAGGAGGUAACAUGCCCGCACUGUGGGGAGGAGGAGACAGCGGAGCACUGCUUGUUCAGCUGCCCUAG